GUCAGUGGCGUGCAGCCAAUGCGAAACAAAACAAUCGAUGCCGAGCAUGGCUGGAAGAGAGAGGGGUAGAAUAAACGUACUCAUCCGAGGCGGCUGCGUUGCGGCGGUGCAACAGCUGAAGGAAACAAACGAGAAUAGAUAGAAACCGCAGUUCGUCGCUGGUCGGCGCACGCUGAAUUGCAUUUGAGGAGACAACCGCCUUAUUCAGAGACACACGAACGGUUCGUAAAUGCGGGAUCAGUGAAAGUGAUCGACAUGGAUCUUGUUGAGAAUAUGCAGGGCGACAGCAUGUGCUAUUUGCCCAAAAGACCGCCCAUCGAUAUCGAGUUCCAGGAUCUUACAUAUACCGUGCCCCAGGGGCGUAAAGUUUCUUUCAUAUAA